UAGACUCUUUCAGGUCUGCAGGCAUUUGUCUGCUUUGGCAGUUAACCCCUCAGUCAGGGAGCAGCCAGAAGCUCAGAAAGAGCACACUGUUUUCUAGGGGUCAAGGAGACACAUAGUCAGAGUGGCAAACACCCUGGGUGCUACGCAAUGCCAGUGAAAGGUGCCACCUGGAGACAGGUGAGGUUCCUAUAUUGCAUUCUUGUCUUUGCCACCGACCUGAAAUCUUCUGCUGACAACUUGGACUGUGCCCUACCUCUUUGCCAUCGCCCACUGGUGGCAGAAUCCCCACAUAGUGAUGGAGAAGGGCACAGGUGCUCUGAGGGACACUGCCGGAUCAACAUCCUUUCUGCACCAGUUACCUCCACCCCGGUGAUGGUGGAGAUCCGAGAACAUGACUCACUGCAAUUCAGACAGACCCUGCGUCAUGUGGACCCAGUAAAGGGGGCAGCUGGAAGCUUGACCCACCGUGUGGACCAGCUGGAAGGGAGCCUUUUGACCCUGCAAACACGUCUUCAGCAAUUUAGAGACGACUCGGGACAAAAGCUGAAAAUCAUGGAAAAUAAGAUGACUUCCAUAUUGGGAAUCCUCCUUGCUGUCCUGACAGGAAAGAAGCUACCCUGCCAGGCUGAGCCCACGACCUGCAUUUCUUUGCUCAAAAGCCGGCGGCUGACAACUCUGGACAUGAACACAGAUCUGCUCAAACUUCUCAAAACCAUUGGUCUUCUGGGAUCUUCAGUGGAGCAGACAGAGAAAGAAGACAACACAUUUCCCCGGGACUGCAGUGAAAUCUACAAGCAGGGCAUCCAUGAUAAUGGAAUCUACACCAUCCAGCCUAACCCACAGAGGGAGCCUUUUGAAGCAUUCUGUGACAUGGUAACAGAGGGUGGAGGAUGGACAGUAUUCCAGAGACGGCAAGAUGGGGCAGUGGAUUUUAACCGCACUUGGCAAGAAUAUCGACAGGGCUUUGGCAUGCUGCAAGGCGAGCACUGGCUGGGAAAUGAAGCUCUGCAUGCCCUGACAAAAGAUGGACAGAAUGUCUUGCGUAUUGAGCUGGAAGACUGGCAUGGGGUGAAACGUCAUGCUACCUACCGCCGAUUCCGCAUUGCCCCUGAAGCUCACAGGUAUCGUUUAACUGCCCGGGAGUACCAGGGUGAUGCUGGCAAUGCUCUUAGUUACAGCAAACACUACAACCACGAUGGCAGACAGUUCAGCACUGCUGACAGCGACAAUGACAACUAUCCUUCUGGCAGCUGUGCAGCGUAUUAUGGUGCAGGCUGGUGGUUUGAUGCCUGCCUGGCUGCUAACCUAAAUGGCAAGUAUCACCGUGGGCGCUAUACUGGACUCACCAACGGCAUCUACUGGGGAACAUGGUACAUCCUGACAGACAAGAAGACUAACCAAAAAUUUUCCUUUAAAAAAGUGGAGAUGAAAACUCGUAUGCUGCAUACCUAAAUGGUUGCAGUAGAUUAUUUUUUUUGUUAAAAUUGAAAAUUGAAGACGAGCUGUGUUUUCACAUCAGCAGAAAUGGUCCAAGUUAACGGUCAAUUGCUUUGAUUCUGUUAUUUCUACUUAAAGCCUGUAGUGAUUAAUUAGAGACAACUGCCAUCUAAGACAGGGUUUUUAACUCAUACAGUAUAUUCCAUUUCAUCCCUUAGUUGUAAAUAUUUUCUGCUGGCUCAUUCCGUGUCUUCAUGUUCCUUUUCUGUUGUCACCCAUUCCACAUUAUGUAACUCUGCUUUGUAGCCUGCUUGUCAUCUCUAUGAGAAAUGAUUGAAAAGCAAUGAGACUGAUUUUUUUUAUUCAGAAUCGGAUGACUCCACAGGCUCAAAAUUUUUUUCUUUUUCAAAGUAGCAUCCUUCACAUUAAAUACACGUUUUACAACAUUUCAAAAGUGAUUCAAAGGCAAGUAACAGACUGUUUUGUGACAUCACUUCAGCAGCUGAGGAGAACUUCUUUCUGCGUAGUUGUUUUUUCUGUGUUGAGAAUGCCCUGAAAUCACACUCUGCUAAAUCUGGUCUAUAUGGAGGGUGUUUCAGUGCA